GAGCUGCCUGCCGCGGCUGCGGCUCUGCCUGCCUGAUAAACGAAGAGAAACCAACGGGAAGCAGAGGCAGACGCCGCUCGCGCUCGCUCGCUCCCUCCCCCUGCCGUUCGUUUCAUCAGACGACGCACGCACGCACGUCCCGCGAAUCCGCGAUUCGCCUCCCCCUGUCCACCUCCCGUUCCGCUCGCUCCACCCGACCCCCGCAUGCUGCCUCCUCCCCGUCGCCUCGUCGUCGUCGCCGCCGCCGCCUAGCUACGUCCCCGACGACGCCAUGGCCGCCGAUUCCGACAGAGGGGAGGGGGAUUUGGAGAUUGAGAUUGGGCCGGCGUCGCCUGUGGAGGAGGGAGGGGCGGGCGACGACGGCCGGCCGGCGCUGGAGGCGAGCGGCUCCGGGAAGCGGCUGGACCAGUCGCCGCCCGGGGUGGUGAGGCGGCCCGGGCUGGUGAUGUCCAACUCCGCGAAGCGGUUGGACCAGUCGCCGGCGGCGUCGCCGUCGCCGUCGCGGCCGGUGCUGGUGAUGUCCCACUCGAGCAACCGGCUGGACCAGUCGCCGGCGCGGCCGGUGCUGGUGAUGUCGCGCUCCAGCAACCGGCUGGACCAGUCCCCGGCGUCGUCGCCAGCGUCCUCCAGGGGCUCGGUGCUGGUGAUGUCCGGCUCCAGUAAUCGGCUGGACAGCUCGCAGCCGUCCCCGUCCCCGUCGCCAUCGCCCACGGCCGCUGCGGCGGCUGCGCCGGUCCUGGUGCUCUCGAACUCCGGCAAGAGGAUGGACCAGGCGGGGCGGAAGAAGUACGUCAAGCAGGUGACCGGCCGACACAACGAUACGGAGCUCCACCUCGCCGCGCAGCGCGGAGACCUCGAGGCUGUGCGCCAGAUCAUCGCCGAAAUCAACGCGCAGAUGACUGGCACUGGGGAGGAGUUCGACACUGAGGUCGCGGAGAUCCGCGCCGCCGUGGUGAACGAGCCCAACGAGGUGGAGGAGACCGCGCUGCUCAUCGCCGCGGAGAGGGGGUUCCUUGACAUCGUCGUCGAGCUGCUCAAGCACUCCGACAAGGAGAGCCUCACGAGGAAGAACAAGUCCGGAUUCGAUGCUCUACAUGUCGCCGCAAAAGAAGGCCACCGAGAUAUUGUAAAGGUACUCCUGGAUCAUGAUCCAUCCCUUGGGAAGACGUUUGGCCAAUCAAAUGUGACGCCUCUGAUAACCGCAGCGAUUAGAGGCCACAUUGAGGUAGUGAACCUGCUACUGGAGAGAGUUUCUGGGUUGGUUGAGAUAUCAAAGGGGAAUGGAAAGAACGCCUUGCAUUUUGCUGCCCGUCAGGGGCAUGUUGAAAUUGUCAAGGCUUUGCUAGACGCAGAUCCUCAGCUUGCUCGGAGGACUGAUAAGAAAGGCCAGACUGCUUUGCACAUGGCAGUGAAAGGAACUAGUGCGGGGGUUGUUAGGGCACUAGUGAAUGCUGAUCCAGCUAUUGUCAUGCUACCUGACAGAAAUGGCAACUUAGCUUUGCAUGUUGCCACUAGGAAGAAACGAUCAGAGAUUGUAAAUGAGCUUCUGCUUCUUCCAGACAUGAAUGUCAAUGCACUUACUAGGGAUCGCAAGACUGCAUUUGACAUAGCUGAGGGUCUUCCACUUUCAGAGGAAUCUGCAGAGAUAAAGGAUUGUCUCUCUCGUGCUGGCGCAGUCAGAGCAAAUGAUCUGAACCAGCCUCGAGACGAGCUCAGAAAAACAGUGACUGAGAUCAAGAAGGAUGUGCACACACAACUUGAGCAAGCAAGAAAAACCAACAAAAAUGUUUCUGGCAUAGCAAAGGAGCUGAGGAAACUCCAUAGGGAAGGCAUCAACAAUGCAACCAAUUCUGUCACCGUUGUGGCUGUGCUCUUUGCUACGGUUGCAUUUGCUGCAAUAUUCACUGUGCCAGGCGGUAAUGAUAACAACGGUGUGGCAAUAGCUGUGCAUGCAGUAUCCUUCAAGGUCUUCUUCAUCUUCAAUGCCAUCGCCUUGUUCACAUCAUUAGCAGUAGUGGUGGUUCAGAUUACACUUGUUAGGGGUGAGACUAAAGCAGAGAGGAGGGUAGUCGGGGUUAUCAACAAGUUGAUGUGGUUGGCUUCUGUGUGCACUACAGUGGCGUUCAUUUCAUCUGCUUAUAUUGUGGUUGGUCGUCACUUCCAGUGGGCAGCGCUUCUGGUGACCCUCGUUGGUGGAAUGAUCAUGGCCGGUGUGCUUGGUACAAUGACCUACUAUGUGGUGAGAUCCAAGCGCACGCGUUCAAUCAGGAAGAAGGUGAAAUCGACAAGGAGGAGUGGCUCAAACUCGUGGCAGCAGAACUCAGACUUCUCAGAUUCAGAGAUAGACCGGAUAUACGCCAUAUGAAGCCUCAUUUCGGUUAGGUGAUGAUGAUCCCUGAGCUUUUUGGCAGUCAUACUACAAGAUGUAAAAAAUGAAAAAAAGGAUGUUAUAAACAGCAUAACCCUUGAGAUUACUAGGGGUUUACUGCAUACAUUCCAAUAAACUGGUGUAAUCUGCCAUUUCCUGUUCCUGGAUCAGCAGGAGCUAGCCGACAGUGCUGUUGUAUACUAGUACUACAGAUAGAUUGGUAAUUAGAAUAUGCAGCCUGUGCUGUGCUCCAUGUGCAUUGCCUUCAACUGCAUAUCUUCUUUUUUAUACUACAACAAUGAUUAGCAGGAUGAUAUAUAUGUAUGCUCCCCUGUUAUAUGUAAAAUUUGUAUAGGGUAGAUUUGUUUGGUCU